AUGUACGAAUACCGCGCAGUGGACCUAGCCGUGGACUCUGCGCUGGUUUCCAAAGCCGGGGCCUUUGCGACCGCUUUCGAGUACACCGACGAACAGGUCACCACCCCCACAGCUGCCUCCCGACACCGCGGCCGGGGCACCAGCAUCUCGCAGCACUCCGACCGUUUGCCUCAAUCCCCCCUGAAAAUGGCCACCGGAUAUGCGGUCAGUCCCGAGCCGCCGGCACUGUUCGUGCGGGCCAUGUACGAUUACGAUGCCGAUGACCACACAAGUUUGAGCUUUCGCCGCGGCGACAUCAUUCAGGUACUCAACCAGCUGGACACUGGAUGGUGGGAUGGUGUCAUUGAUAAUGUUCGUGGUUGGUUCCCAAGUAACUACUGUACCAUCAUCACAGAGGCGGAAGAUUUUGGGGAGCACAUGUUACAUGGAAAUGAAGAGGAGGACAUGAGCGCCGAAUCAGGACCCGAGGAAGAAUAUGAUAAUGGAAACGACGAGGAUGACGAGCUGGACUCGGAGGGCAACCCACGCGACUCAGAACCCAUGAUUCUACCGAUCGAGGGUGUUCCGGGGCAACAGGAGCAAGAGGAGGCCGCAUUUUGGAUCCCGCAGGCCACACCAGAUGGCCGCCUCUUCUACUUCAAUACUCUCACGGGAUACUCGACCAUGGAGCUGCCCUUUGAAAACCCCACCGCUGCGAAUGAAAAUGGCCCUCGAGAUCGAACCAACUUUUUCGUCCCUGAUCAGACCCGGCCGCCCCCUGAGCUGAUGGCGCGUGGAUUCGAGAGAGACGAGGAUGAGUAUGACGGCUCCGCUUCGGAGGCUGAAGGGGAGUCGCUGAUGCUGACUUCGCAUGACUCCAUGUCUCGUCGUCGUCAGUCUUUGGUGGACGGGGUCUCACCUGCCACUUCCAUGGAUUCAUUAUAUCCACCCGGGCCAAAGGAUUUCAAAAUUCCACCGAUGAAAAGGAGUCCCCAGCCAUCAUUCAGCAGCGCUGGAGGCACCAGCACCAACACCUCCGUGGCCGAAAUUAUCUCGCGACCUUCCAUUUCCUCCAACACACCUUUGCACUUUGUAGAUGAUGGCUUCAUCCCGCCCGUGGCCUGGCCCACGCUGGUGGAUAACAUGCGGUUUGCCGUUGAGGCUUAUCGCCAGACUCUUCUUUCCGGUGAACGGUCAGAGUAUGUAAGAAAGGCCGAGGACAUCUCUGAUCAUCUGCGCAUGCUUUUAGCCGCUGGUUCGGAUACCACUGAUAACCAUUCGGGAAACCCCUCCAUCAUUUCCACUAAUAAGGCUCUUUAUCCUUACUUCCGUGACAUGAUGUCGAAAUUCUCGAAGUUGGUUCUUUCAUCGCAUAUUGCCGCUGCCGACUGGCCUGGCUCCGAUUCAGUCAACAAGUGCCUCCAAGAGGCCGAUGGUGUCAUGCAAGGAGUGUACGGCUAUGUUGAUGUUGCCCGCCAGCAGUGCGGAGACAACAUUCCCAGAAUUCUUCCUGGCUUCGUCAGUGGUAGCUCUUGCGGUGGCAGUUGGCGAAACAAUGGAGUUUCUUUGAAUGCAGCCGGACCCACAUCGUUCCUUGUUCCGGAAAAUAGUGAUUAUCGAAACGAGCCUUCGGUGUCCCUGGAUUCUGCUCUUUUGGAUCACAUUGAUGUCCUUAGGAGAUCGUUUGUGGGUUGCAUUCGUCGACUGGAGGAGCGGUUAAUGUUGAGCCAAAAGAUCGUCACUGUCACUGAACAUACAGAACUCGCAGAUGCUGUUUCCGCGGCUGCAAUCAAGGUCGUGGAGCAGUUCCGUCCCUGGAUUGCAACUGUCGAGUCGAUCAAUCUCGUUCCCCUUGGCACCAGCUUUCAGAAUCCCCAACUUGUGGAUUUCAGCUUGCAGAAGCAACGGGUUUAUGAUGGCAUUGGUGACUUCAUCUUGAGUUGUCAAGCAGUUUCUUCCCCUCUGCCUGAUGAGUGGGCCGAGCUUCGAGGUGACUCUCUUGACGACCGAAUGACUGCUGUACGGAGUGUGGCCAAGCAAGUGGAAAACUAUGUGUCUCAGAUUGGGUUUUCAUUAUCUUUGCUUCUUGAACAGAUUCCAGAUGAUCAAUCGUCCGUUACCCGAGUCGAUAGUCGCCUGGAGGAAGAAGAUGAGUCGCUUAACAAGACCACCCACAGUCGCAGCGAAUCUAAAGCCAAUAUCUCUUCGGAGUCUAUCGGUAUCCCAUCGUCAUACACCCCCGGCAAGGAACCUGGAAAGGUGCGACGCAAUAUGGACAAGGCUCAGAGAUUCUUUGGACAAGCACCACCUACCACUGUCACACGUGAACCGGUUCAGCGGGAGCCCGUAAGAGAACCCGAAGAGACACCGUGGUUCUUGAAAAUGGAUCAUGAAGGCGAAGUGUUUUACGAUACCAAGGGAGAUUCUCCCAUUCUCAAAUGUGGAACAUUGUCCGGCUUGGUUGAGCACCUCACACGCCAUGAUAAGCUUGAUGCUUCCUUCAAUAACACCUUCCUCCUCACCUACCGCUCCUUUACCACAGCCUCUGAACUUUUCGAACUGAUUGUACAACGAUUUAACAUUCAGCCUCCAUUUGGCUUGAAUGCUGAUGACAUGCAAAUGUGGGGUGAUCGCAAACAAAAGCCGAUCAGAUUCAGAGUCGUGAAUAUCCUUAAAAGUUGGUUUGACAACUUCUGGAUGGAGCCCAACGAUGAAGUGAACAUGGAUCUCUUGCGACGUGUCCAUGCGUUCACCAAGGACUCUAUAGCCACAACAAAGACUCCGGGUUGCCCCACUCUUCUUGCUGUUAUUGAACAGCGACUUCGCGGUCAGGACACAACUGUGAAGCGUCUCGUCCCAACUCAGAAUGUUGCCGCCCCAGCAUCCAUCAUCCCGAAGAACAUGAAGAAGCUCAAGUUCCUCGAUAUCGACCCUACCGAAUUUGCUCGACAGUUGACUAUCAUUGAGUCUCGCCUUUACUCCAAGAUCCGGCCUACAGAGUGCUUGAAUAAGACCUGGCAGAAGAAGGUCGGCCCGGAUGAGCCAGAGCCAGCUUCCAAUGUCAAGGCUUUGAUUCUUCACUCUAACCAGCUGACAAACUGGGUUGCCGAAAUGAUCUUGACACAAGGCGAUGUCAAGAAGCGCGUGGUCGUCAUUAAACAUUUCGUCAAUGUCGCUGAUAAAUGUCGCUCACUCAACAACUACUCUACCCUUACAUCUAUCAUCUCCGCUCUUGGAACUGCCCCUAUUCAUCGGCUGGGCCGCACAUGGGGCCAAGUCAGCGGCCGCACUUCUGCGAUUUUGGAGCAGAUGCGUCGAUUGAUGGCCAGUACAAAGAACUUUGGCGAGUAUCGUGAAUCCUUACAUCUCGCUAACCCUCCCUGUAUCCCUUUCUUCGGUGUAUACUUGACGGAUUUGACAUUUAUUGAAGAUGGUAUUCCUUCUCUGACACCAUCAGAACUGAUCAACUUCAACAAACGGGCCAAGACUGCUGAAGUUAUUCGGGACAUUCAGCAAUAUCAGAAUGUGCCUUAUCUCCUCUCGCCAGUUCCCGAACUACAGGAUUAUAUUCUCAGUAAUCUACAAGCCGCCGGUGAUGUUCACGACAUGUACGACCGGAGUCUUGAAAUCGAGCCUCGUGAGCGUGAAGACGAGAAGAUUGCAAGGUAUGCUGAUUCUUCUAGCAAUAAGUCCAACACCAUGCUUUUUGCAAGUACCGUCGCCUUGUUGCGAUAA